ACCAAGUUGCUUUAUUAUAAAGUUGCAGGAGAUAAUAGAGCAAGAGGAUGAAGAGAUCAAAAGUCAUAUAUAAGUUGAUCAACUUUUGCUGAUUCUUUUCAUCCUACUUCAUCUCAAUUCUCUGCUAAUAUGAUAUUACAAGUUAUAUAUAUCUAAGUAUAUGAUCGCAUUCAGCCUCUCUAAACCAGCAAUAGCUAUCUAAGCAAUAAUUCAUCAUCAUGUUCGGUUGGUGUUUUGGGCAGACGACGACACGACUAUCCAAUGCCAUGUCCAUUGUGGAGCUUCUGGUUCAUAUGGAUUGUGAUGGAUGCGAGAAAAGAGUACGAAGAGCCAUUUCUAAAUUACAAGGUGUUGAUAGCUUGGAAAUAGACAUGGAUAAGCAAAAGGUAACUGUGACUGGAUAUGUGGAUCAGAGAAGGGUUCUAAAGGUUGUGAGAAGAACAGGAAGGAGGGCAGAGUUUUGGCCAUUUCCAUAUGAUAGUGAGUACUAUCCAUAUGCAUCCCAGUAUUUGGAUGAAUCUACAUUCUCCACCACCUAUAACUACUACAACCAUGGUUAUAAUGAAAGCGUCCAUGGCUACUAUCCCACCCAAGCUUACGAUACCCUCGUCGAUGAUAAGGUUCUUGAGAUUUUCAGCACAGAAAAUGUCCAUGCAUGUAACAUCAUGUAACACCUGCAUAUAUGUGCACAUAUAUAAACAAUACUAUUCAAACUUAAUAGUACUCUAAUCGACGAGUAUAGUCAAGAGUCUUAUUCAUUGUUUGUUUUGGCCUAAGACUCUCCCGGCUAAUUAAACUCUUCGAUUAGACUAUUAGGUCUAAGAAUCAUUAUUAAUAUUAUACAUAUAAACUCUUCAAAUUGACAGCAUGCCAGGCAUGAACUUUUCGGGCAAUUGCCUCUAAAUUCUUUUUUAGUACCAUAUAAUAGUGAUUUUAAUUUUUUUUUUUAAAUUAUAUAUCUAUAAAAUUUUAAUAUUGCCCUCAUUAAAAAAAAAUAAUAAUAAAAAUAAAAAUAAAUAAAUAAAUAAACCAACCUUACUAUUAUUGUUCUCCCCCUCACCUCCACAUAAUUGUCUAGAUCAGUCCAUGUAUGUAGCCUGCCUAUAAUGGAAAAUGAUAUUUGCAUCGAUUUGUUGCAGUGAAUUGACAAACCUACUUUUUUUAAUUGGUCCAUCUAUGCAGUAAAUAAGAAAGUGGGACCUCCAUUUACUUGUAUCAUACAUAAAUAACCAAUAAAAAAUACUCGAUUAAGUAAUUCACUGCAACAAAUUAAUACAAGAACCAUUACUUACCUACAAUAUAUGCUAAACUAUCUAAGUAAUCUAGAGUACUAAAAUAAAUUUAUAUGUUUGAUUCUUGUGAUGUAAGUGGAAGAUUGUGGUUUCUUUAAAGGGUUGCAAACGUGUAUUUGCUUGUAAUUAAUUGAUCAAGUGGAUGACUUCACAGGAAUUUAGGAUGUGGCUGAUACGCUGAAUCAAUGAUUUGUUAAAGUAAGAACUAGAAAGAAAACAUCAAGACUAGUUCUUCUACUCAUCAUGAAAUUUUUUUAUGACACUAGGUAGUAUGUACAUAGAUCGAUAUGAAUAUAUAAACAGGGUGUCAUUAAGUUU